AUGGAGGACAAGUUCCCCUUGGCAGUGUUCAGCAGCGGGUUCCUGCUGGACUCGGCUCAGUACCGCAGCUACGCCCACCACCUCGCCAGCUGGGGCUUCGCUGUAGUCACCUACAAUAAGGUGGAGGGGCUGAUGGGCCCUCUGGACGACAUCAUCUGUGCACGGUUCAUCACAGAGCUCAUCAACUGGGCUGGCACCAGUCACUUGCUUCGGAGGAUUGCAGACAACACUCGCGUCUACCUCUGCGGUCAUUCCAGGGGAGCCAAGGUGAGCGUGCUGGCAGCAGCCAUGGACCCUCGAGUGCUCUCCCUCGGCCUUGUCGACCCUGUGGAUAACACAAUCUACGCGCCUCUGGCCCCGGGGUACCCCUCAGCUGUAGCAGCCAUGCAUGCAGGCACCAGUGCCAUCGAGCACCUGCUCGCCCAACCCAACCCCGCCAACCAAGGCCUGGCUGUCUCCCUCCCCACGCUCGUCGUGGGCGGUGGCUACCCCGGCGACUGCGCCCCUGCUGCCUCCAACUACCGCUGGUUCUUCAAAGAGGCUGGUAAGCCCAGCUGGGAGGUUGUGCUGCGAGACGCGGGGCAUUUCCAGUUUUUGGACUCGCCGCCGGUGAUCCAGGCGGCUGUCUGUGGGCUGGGACCGGCGAGGGAUGAGGAUGUGAGGCGGGCCACGAGGGCUUGUAUUGCUGCGUGGGGGCAUGCGACUGUGCCCCGACAGAGGGGGAGGGGGUUGGGUGGGGGUCGGAGAGGGGUGGGGGAAAUGCAGCAGCAGGGUGGGGGAGGUGGGGGAGGGGAUGGGCAGGGCUGUAUAAGUAUUGGGGGGAGGUGUGAUGGGGGUAGCAGCAGUGGUGGCAGUGAUGGCAGUGGUGGCAGCGGGAGAAGUGGGAUAGGAGAGGCUGCUGUAGCUGGUAGUCAGAGAGUGGAUCCAGGAAGGGAAAAGGGGCCAGCACAGACUCCUGCUCCCGCUUUGACCCCGUUGACUCCGUUGACUGCGGGGGACAACUUGGAGGCCCCUGUGUCAGAUAGGAAGGACGAGCUGGAGGCCAUGAUUGUUUCAGUUGCUGCUGAGCUGGCAGCGCUUGGAGGGACGAAGAUGAGUCACUGCUGGUGCAAGUGCGAGGCGGGAGCGGGGCAGUGCGGGCCCAAGGUACCGAAGCUCAAGACGCUCUUCAACGCGCACAAGAACCUCGACGACUCGUCGCUUCGCCGCGGCGACUGGGAGGCCGAGCUCCACGUCAUCUGGGAGGAAAUAGGAGAGGAUAAGCUGACUCGCUCAGAAGACCUGCGAUUGGCCGUUGCAGACGCUGUGGAUAAGGCUUACGAGAAGGCAGUGCGGGAGGCAGUGCAGCAGCGCACAGAGCUGGAGGAGGGCGUGAGGGAAGCAGAGCAACAACUGUACGACCUGCUGGGGCCCGAUGCAGAAUGCCUCGUGGCCCCCCAUGCCCUGCCGCUGCAAGAGCGGCUUGACGUCAACCUCUCCCACCUGCACCAGCUGGAAUCGCAAAGGGAGGAGGGGAAGGGGUGGCUGGGAGGGCUGGUUGUGUUGGCGGAGCUGAGGAGGAAACUCAUCUGCCUGCGCUCGUCUCUGCACCUGCCACCGCCAGGGAGCGACGCUGACAUGCAGGACAUUCUGGAAAGCACAAUGGAGGCCCUUCCCAACGCACACUCAAACGAUCCAAACCAGAAGCUGCAGGCACACAAGGGGACAGCACUGCCGCACUCUGUGCAGCAGAACCAGCAGAAGAAGCAGAAGCACCAGCACCACCAUCCCAUGGGUCUGCAGCAACAGCAGCAGCAGCCCAUGGGCGAGCGUCUAGAGGCCUUCUAUAGCACUCUGUGCCGCAUGGAGAGCGCAUGGGCUCACCACCGCUCUGACCCCUCUGCCCCCUCUGCCUCCUCCCCAAGGGUUAUGGACAAUAGGCAGAGUCUUUCCGUUGCUGGCUCGCACGGCCCUUCUCCCCGGCCCCACUCUCCCCCUUCUUUCCGCCACCCCCUCUCCCCCUCCGUCCGCCCCCUCACUCACUCCUCCACGUCCCUCCUCUCCUCCUCUCGCUCCGCAUCUAAUCUCCUCCGCUCGACCACCCCCCCUCACACGCCGCACUCUCAGCACUCCAACCGAAGCAACAGGGACGGCGCUAGUGACAGAGGCACUGGGUGGUUGAGGAGCAGUGGUGCUGGUGCAGUCGAGGAGGAGGAGGAGGAGGAGGAGGAGGAGGAGGAGGAGGAGGAGGAGGAGGAGGAGGAGGAGGAGGAGGAGGAGGAGGAGGAGGAGAAGGAACGGCAUCAUUAG